GGGGUUCCUCUGGCAACAUCUACAGCACAACAUCGCCUUUUAAUAGAUCGACUCCUUAUCAGUAUACGCAACGGCUGCUAUCUACAUCAACAACGCCAACUGUCUGUGCACGGGCGUGCAACAGUUCUCAGCACAUUCUUACUCUCUCGACUAUGGUAUGUCCUGAGGUUAACCGUAACCGAUACCUCUGCUUCGUCCUUUAAAUUACGUUACAGAGCGUCAUAUCCAGCUUUAUCUCGCACUGCAAGUUUCCCCGAAUCGCCAUAUCCCCAACAGGGCGGUUUACAAGUUCUCGACCCUCGAGCACAGCACCAAGCACUGCAACUACGUUGGAUACAACCUCUAGUCGAUUAU